AUGAGCAUCAACCACAAGAAAAAGAUUUUUGAGAAUAAUUCUUCAAAUCAAUAUGGAAAUUAAUUGGAAUCUGUCUAAGUUCCAAAAAUAUUAGAUUAAUCAACAAUUUAAUAGAAUCCUCUAAUAAAUAGUUAAUUAAGAAAUUCAAAUUAAUUAGAUAUGUCUAAAUAAGUAUUAAAUGAACUUCAGAUUUUUUCUCCUAAUGAUUUAGAAUAAUUUCUAAUAUUAUUUAGAUAACCAUAAUAAAUCAAUUUGAAACUUGAAAAUAGUUAAUUAAAUUAGUCUGGUUCAUAAUAAUAAUUUUAUGAAUAACUUGAAAAUGAAGGAGAAAAAUUAAGAAUCAAAUUAAAAUCUGAUGCUCGUAUUGUAUAAUCAAUUAUUGAGAAACAUACAAAAAUGAAAUCUAAUAAGCUACGUUGUAUUGAAUAAAUGAAUCAUUUGAUAAAUGAAAUUUAGAAAUCAAAUAAUAUUUCUAGAUAUUCCGAAUUAAAUAGAUCUAUAAAGUACAAUUUUAAUUAACUUGAAUCAAUUUAAUUAGAAUUAAGAGACAUUUUAAUUGAGGCAUCAACAUUUGAAAGAGUAAUGUCAGUUUCCGUAUAAUAAUAAUAACAUCAUUAUUAAAAUCAUGAAGGUUUAAUAGAUUACUAAAUUAAUGGACAUUCAUCGAAUGAAACUUCAGAAGCAGAAUUUACAUCAUUAUCAUUAUAGAUAUAUUCUUCGAUUGAAAUGCAUGCAAAAGAAUUAGAAUAAACUAUUUCAGAAAAAAAAAGAUUAAUGCAUAUAAGCUAGAAUUAUCAUUAAUAUAAAUAAGUGUGUCAAGCUUUGAUUUAAAUAAUUUAAAAGUAUCCUUAAUUUGAAUAACAAAAAUCUUAGCAAAUGUUCAAAUUAGAAAGUAUAGCUUCAAUCUAUUUUUUUCAUUUCUAAAAAGAAUUAAAUUAGUUAAUUUUAAAUUAUACUUUAAUUGUUGAAUAAAUUCGAUUAUCUUUGUCUAUCAUUGAUAAAAUGAAAUAUUUAUUAGAAUAGGCAAAAAGUUUGGAUUGUGUAACAGAAUUUUAUUUAUAAAUCGAAAGUUAGUUAACAGGAUAGAAACUUAUUAUUAAAUUUGGAAAUAAUUUAAAGUUAGCUAAAUCAUAUUAAAAAUAAUUUAAAUCGCUUAAUAUAAAUAAUUAUCAAUUUUUUAACAUUAUGAGACAUAAAGUUUAUAACAAAUGCUUAUUAGAGUUUGAAAAAAUAUAGUUUGAUAUUAAAACAGCCAAGAAUUUAUAAUCUAUUUUAUUAAAUCAUGUUAAGAAAUUUUAACAUUAUAUUUCAAUUAACUAUAUUCUAUUAUUUAAUGAUAUAUUAGUGAAGAUUAAAUAAGACUUAAAAAAAGAAUCUUGGUUAUAUUUAAUUAACUUAUAUACGGAACUUAAUUAAUAAUAGAAAGAAUUAUUAGUCAUUUUACAUUAUAUAUAAAAUAUCAAGCAUUAAAAUCCAUCUUUAACCAGAUUGAAAUCAGUAUUUUAAACACUUAUUGAAUAAGAAUUAGAAUAAAUUAAGAAUUUGUAACCUUAAUUAAAUCCAUAUUUAGAGAUAAAAGAUUUUAAAGCAUAAAAAGAGUUUGAAAAUUUUAAUUCUCAAUUUAAAAAAUGUUAUAAUGAAAUUUAUCCAAAAUAAUAAAGUAUAUUAUCUGAUUAUAACUCAUUUUUGGAAAAUUCAAUUAACCAAGAAUCUAAUGAAGAAUAACAUUAAUAUUUGCAAUCACUAUAAACUCUUUAACCUAUCUUAAGAUAAUUAUCCAAUAAAAGAAUUUGUGGAAAUUUUAUUGAAGUGAAAACUUAAUUUGAUAAUUUACUAUAAUUUGAAGUAGGUAUUGUUUAACUUUAAUUAUCAAUGAAAUCUAUAAUGACAACAAAUUUUAAUCUAAUUCUAGAUGAUUUUUUAGAUAUUACUAAAAUAAACCAUAAUAGUGUUUUAUCUUAAAUAAUGGAAUUUAUUUAAAAAAAUAUAAAAAUUACUUCUGAAAUAAAGAGUCCUUAACUUCAUAACAUUAAAGAAUAAUAGCUACGUUAAUUGUAAUGGGUUUGGAUAUUUUUUGAGUAAUUUGAAAAAUUUAGAUCUGCUUUAACAUAAUUAUUCAAUAAUAAUAGUACAAUUAAUUAUUCUUAAUAUUCAUAGUUUUAAACUAAAAAUAAAUUUAGUUCUUUAUUUUAUUAACUUUAAAAAUGUAAUAAAAAAAUUUGUAAAAAAUGGUAGGAUCUAUAAUUAGAGUUAAGUCAUCUUUGUUUCAAAUCAUAUUAAUCUUAUAUUACAAAACUUCUUGAUAAGAUUAUUCUUUUAGAAAUAGGUAUACCAUUAAUUCAAAUUCAAUUUACUGAAGAAAAUUGUUAAAUUAUAUUAGAAUUUUUGGAAUAGGAAAAUACAAGCUAAUUAUAAAGAUUAAUUUGUAAACACUAGAUCUACAGAAAGAUGAAAUAAAUGUAAUUAAAUUUAUUUACAUUCAAUAAGAUUAAAUAAUAUUUUGAAGAAUUACACAUAGAAUAAUAAAAUGAUGAUGAUUCAAUGGAUUUAAAAUAUAUUGUUACAGAAUGUUCUGAUUAAUAAAAUAAAGAUGUUGAUAUAUAUUCAAAUUUAUAAGAGGAAUGGGUUUUAGAUCAUAUAGAAUAAGGAGACACAAAUAUUUUAUAAGAUUUAAAAAAUAAGGAUGGAAUUUUUAGUUCUCAUUUGAUGAAAUAUAGUAUGAAACUAUAGAGAUUAAUAAAAUUGUCUAUUGAACAAAGUGUUAAUUGGAAAAAUAUAAAAAAAAUAUUAAAAUAGGAAUAAUGA